AUACUAGAUUUGGGUUUAUUUCGUCAAUGAGAAAGAAUAUUGGAUGUGUUUUUGCUAUUUUAGAAAAGUUCAGGACUAGAAAAACAAAUAAAAAAUAAGUGAGAGGGGGUUUAUUAUGUUUCUUCCCGCUUGGUUUCCUCUUGGCUCCGUCGGCAAAGCAUCCGACUAAUUCCCUUUUAUCUUCGAGAGCUUAAAAUUUGAUCGAUUUCUGCUUUCUCUGAAAAGAAGCAAAGAACAGGGGAAGAAGAUGAUACAUUUAGGUGGAUUGACAUGUUGCGUAAGCGGCGGCGUUCUUUAUCUUCUCAGUAUGAUACCAGGCAGCUUUUUUGAGAUGCUCAAUUCAGUCACUAGGGUUCACCAGAUCAAGGAUUUGGAGAAUUUGCUACAAGUAGAGGGCAAGAUCAUCGCAGUCUCAGGAACCGUAUGGAUUUGGAUUUCCAUAUCUAGAGAGAAACCUUCUUCUCUCGUUUCACUGGUUUUGGCUUUUGGGUAUAUCUUCAGGCACAACAACUUUUCUUGAAACGUAAUUGGUUGUUUUCAUGGGUUGAAGAUAGUAAAUGGAUGCUUCCACAGGCUAAGGAAGUCCCGUGGUAUCUGGACGAUGGGACAGGUCGUGUGAACGUAGUGGGAGCUGAAAAUGCAAUAAUAGCCUUCGCAUUGAUUUGAAGGGUCAAAGCCGUCAUCUGAUUGUCUCAACGGCCUCGUGAUGCUUGGAGUAAGACGCACUGAGCAUGUCCUCCCAAUUGGUACACCGGUUACAGUUGUUGGUGAGGUAUGUCUUUUAUCUAUCACCGGUACCAAAAUACGUUUUACAUCUCAUUUCUGUUGUUACUUACCAUGUCAACAGGCUGUUAAAGACGGUAUCCGGGGUUUCAGGAUUCAAAAACCCGAGAAGGGACUUUUCUUUGUCUCACCUGUACCGCUCGAUAAGAUCAUCUCUCCGAUGGGAAAGUGGUUAAGGAGGUUCAAAUAUGUCUACGUAGGUUUAACUGUUGUUGGUGUGAUUCUGAUUUCAAAGCCUGUGAUUGAGUAUAUUCUAGAGAGAAGGCGGGGGCGAUUGUUACGGAAAAGAGUUGCUGAUGCAGCUGCUAAGAGAGCCAAAUUAGUAGCUAGAGGAUUGGAAACUCAACAUGAGAACAGCUUAGAUAGUACAAGCAGAGAUAGAGAUGUACUUGAUCUCUGUGUGAUCUGCCUUGAGCAGAAGUAUGACGCAACUUUUGUAAAGUGUGGUCAUAUGUGCUGCUGCUUAACAUGCUCCUUGCACGUGAAGACCUGUCCUAUUUGCCGGAGACCAAUAGAACAUGUUUUGAAGAUUGACCGCCGUUGAAACAGCUCUCUCACCUUUGGCCUACUAUACCUUCUGGUCUACUAAAGCCAUUAUCCAUAGAAACAAUCGUUGAGUCUUGUCUGUAAAGUCUUGUAUACGACUUUGAUUAGAACCAUUUUUACAUUGGAAGACCGUGACUAUAAGAAGGAAGCAAAAGCUAAUGGAAAGUGUGACCUUAUUACCUAAA